GGCCAACCGCCAAAGUUGACGAACGGAGAUUUCAAUGAAUUUAUCCAAGAGGUCAUUGAAAUUGUCGGCACGGAAAAUGUUGAAGUCAUAACCUCGAAGGAUCAGAUUGAGGAUGGUUCUUACAUGAACCCUAGACAUACACACGAUCCCCAUCAUAUCAUGGAACAGGACUACUUUCUUGCCUCGGCAAUUGUUGCUCCUCGUAAUGUCGCGGAUUCUCAAGCUAUCGUGCGACUUGCCAACACAAUCUCAUUUCCUCUUUGGCCUAUCUCCAUCGGAAGAAACUCUGGAUAUGGUGGUGCUGCACCACGGGUCAGUGGUAGUAUCGUGAUGGACAUGGGAAAAAACCUGAAUAAGGUCCUGGAAAUCAACGAGGAAGGCGCAUAUUGCCUAGUGGAGCCUGAUCUCGGUGGUGGUUCUGUUCUCGGAAAUGCUACCGAGCGAGGAGUGGGCUACACGCCCUACGGAGCUCGGCAUGUGGUUAAUGCCAAAACCGGGGGGGGAUACCAAUCCUACUUGAUCACAUUUCCCAAAGACGACGACCUAAAGCAAGCAGCCGAUAUCAUUCGGCCCCUUCGCCUGAAUAUGGCGCUGCAGAACGUGCCCACUAUUCGUCACAUUCUAUUGGAUGCAGCAGUGCUUGGAAAUCAGGCAUCGUAUUCAUCAAAGACCGAGCCUCUAUCCGACGAGGACUUGGACAAAAGCGCAAAGCAGCUCAAUCUAGGGCGGUGGAUCUUUUACGGCGCUCUUUACGUGAGUUUUAUUCUCGAUACCGCCGAUAACUCGAUUCUUCUUGUCCGUGACAAAACCAUGCAAGGUAUCCCAACCUACGAUGAGCUCAAAUGGAUUGACUGGGUCCCCAAUGGCGCCCAUCUGUUCUUCUCUUCUAUUGCAAAGGUAGCAGGCGAGGAUGCAAUGUUGCAGUACGGAAUUACCAGGCAAAUAUGCCAAGAGGCUGGCAUAGACUUCAUCCGGACCUUCACGGUCGGCAUGAGAGAGAUGCAUCAUAUCGUGUGUAUUGUGUUCAACAAAAAGGAUCUCAAGCAAAAGAAAAAGGUUCAGGGGCUCAUUAGGACGCUUAUUGACGACUGUGCAGCCAACGGGUGGGGCGAGUAUCGAACCGAUCUGGCUGUCAUGGACCAAAUAAUGGGAACCUAUAACUGGAACAACAGCAGUUUUCUGAAAUUCAACGAGGUUAUCAAAAACGCAAUCGAUCCUAAUGGCAUUAUUGCUCCUGGAAAGUCGGGCGUUUGGCCCACCAAGUACAGUCAAGUCGGCUGGAAACUGUGA